AUUGCUCAAAAAAAAUUUUAUGUUUCGGCUAAAAUCUUUUGUGAUUUCCAAAUUUGUGUAAGAAAAAGUUGAUACAACAAGUUAAGAGAAAGAAAACAAUGGAAAACUUAUUUCCUAUUCGCUAUUGGAUAAAUUUACCAAUGAAGACGAAUUUCCUUAGCAUGAGGGUUUCCUCGUCGACCAUUCCGUUUCGCUUCAAUAACGAAUGGUACACAAUCACUCAGGAAGAUAGCAAGUUUGUUUCAACAAUGAGAAUCUACACAAUCAAUAAACUGCCGGCAAUACACCCACCGAUGUUCCCUUCAACCAUUAGCAGUACAGCAAUCAACAUCAAUGAAAUUGAAGAAGUAACGAAAUUUAUGAUGAAUGCGGCAAUCGAAGAAUACCAAAAAAGAAAAGCGCAACAGUUCGUUUUAGGUUUUCCAAAUCUCUCAAUUGAGCCUAUUUUUGUUAACGACUCGGUAAGUUAACCAAUCGCUCGUAGCUGACAUUCAAAUUUCCUUCCCUUAAGCACUUGACGGUUUUACGACAAACAAAUGGAAAUCUUCCUAUGAAGACCGAUCUACGUCAACCAGUGACUUAAUGAAGAAACAUGAAAAGAGUCGUGUCAGCUUCAGCCAAACAUCUUUCAACGCGACCGCCAAACAUGAAAGGCAUUCAUUAAGCCAUCAACAGAGUCCUUUUUAUUUACGUUUUGAUGAGUCAUUAGCUUAGCUUUACCCAAAAAAAAAAAACUUUAAUCCCCUUUUUUCAAUACAUAAAUUAUGUAAUUCAUUGAACAAGUAAAAUAA